AUGGGAGGCAGGAUCACCUGUCUGCUCCCGGCUCUGUUUCUUCUCGUCAUCCCAGGCUCAUCGGCCAUCUCGGGUCCCAGAGCAGUGAGAGGUGUGGAGCAGGGCUCACUGACUGUGCGGUGUCAAUACGACCCUGGGUAUGAGCCCUAUGUGAAGUGGUGGUGCCGGGGGGCUGACUGGAGCAGCUGUUGCUUCGUUGUUAAAACGAACCUUGGAUCAGAGAAGGAGGUGAAGCAGGGCCGCGUGUCCAUCAAGGACAACUGGAAAGACCGCUCGUUCACCGUGACCAUGGAGAAGCUCAGGGUAGACGAUUCAGACACUUACUGGUGUGGGACUGAGAGAACUGGAGUCGACCUGGGGGACGACGUUGAUGUGACCAUUGACCCAGCACCUACAGUGUCGAUCUCCACCCGCGCCACCUCCAGUGCCAACAUGUUCACGGCAUCAGUUGCCCCAGAAGAGAAUCAACGGCAACUGCGUGUUGCUUCCAACGUUCAUCUGUCCCGUUUUUAUGGAGUGGACUUCUGCACGGCCUGCACUGUGCGGGGCUCCGGGGACACAGACAAGGAGCAUCUCCUGCGGAGCUCAGAGAUGGAGACUCUGAGUCUGGGACUCGGUUGGGAUGGCAGCCAGUGUGGAUGGCACGGCUGGCCCCUGCUGGGCAGCGUCCACUUCCUGGUCCUGGUCUUCCUGAAGGUGCCCCUGUUCCUGGGCAUGCUCGCCUCUGGCCUUCAUCGUCCUGAGGCCUCCAUCACAGGAGAAACUACACGAAGGAAUGGAAGAGCGGAUGCCUUCUUCUGGGCCUAG